AUGUGUGACUUCAUUUGCCAUUCUGCAGCGGCGCAGGUGGUGAUCUUCUCAUCAAUUUCUUCGAUGAUCAUCAUGGCAGUGUGUGCCCUCUUCCACCGUGCCGCCAUGGGCGGCAACUCUGAGUAUGCGGUCUUCAACCUUGGCAGGACCCCAAAUCCUGACGUCCUGGCGCAGAAGAUGAAGGAAAUGGCGGAACUGCUGGGCCAAAUGGAGACGAAGGAGGUUGAGAAGGCAUUCGAUGCGCUGGCAGUCUUUGACACCAGGCGCAUCAUGAACUUUAUGACGAUGAUGUCCGCAGAAGUCCUUACUGGGCGCUCCGACUUGGCUUACGGAACCAGAGUCAGCUCCGCUUCCUUCCAGGCCAAGGCCAAGGCCACCCAGGAAGAGGUGAAACCGGCCGAGGGAGGCGCCACAGCGACUGUGUGA